CGCGGCGACCCGAGCAAGAGCAUCUACGAGCUCAUCUCGUCGAAUAAGCACACGACGCGGUUCGCCAAGCUGGUCGACGCGCACGCCGACAUCAAGGCGCUGCUCUCGGACACGUCGGCGGGGAACGUGACGCUGUUUGUGCCCACUGACCGGGCGUUUGAGCGGCUGCCCAAGCACGGACAUGACGACGAUGACGAUGACAAAAAACCACCGCCGGCCGAGUUCGUGCGGGCUUUGCUGGCGUACCACAUCGUGCCUGGGAGGUUCCCGCUGCGCCGGCUAAAGGGGCAGCAGACGGUAGCAACGAACCUAUCGCUUUCGUCGCUAGGCUCGCGGCCGCAGCGCGUGCGCGUGAGCCGGAGCGCGAUCCCUUUCUUCGGGCCGGCGGCGCGGCUCAACUUCUACAGCCGCGUUGUGUUCGGCGACGUGGGGGCGGCCAACGGCGUGAUCCACGCCGUCGACGCGAUCCUCGUACCGCCGCCGCGCCAGGCCAAGAUCGUCCAGCUGCUCCCCGGCACGUUCAGCACGCUGGCGCUGGCGCUCGAGACGACGGGCGGUGACGGGACUCCGCCCCCUCGUACAGGCGGCACGCUGUUCGCGCCGACGAACCACGCCUUUGCCCGGCUCGGUACGCGCACCAACGCGUUCCUGUUCUCGGAGCGCGGCAAGAAGUACCUGCGCGCGCUGCUAAAGUAUCACAUCGUGGCCAACGAGACGCUGUACUCGGACGCCUUCUACAAGAAGAAGACCGACCACGACCACGACGACAAGAACACGGACUCGGGGUCUCGGGACUCCUGGCACGUCGAUCUGCCGUCGCAGCUGCUCGGCAAGCCCAUCAGCGUCGACAUCAAGCGGUGGUUCUACGUCGUGUCGAUCAAGGUCAACGGCUUCGUCAACGUCGCCGUCAAGGACGGCAUCGCGCACGACGGCGUUAUCCACGUAGUUGACAAGGUGCUGAUUCCGCAGCACCACCGCCAUCACCCCCGCGGCGGCGACGGCGAGGGUGCCAUUAAACUUGACGAGCUAAAGGCCCGGCUGGAGCCGUACUUGGAGGAGGAUGAAUCUGUCGGGCGUGUGGACAGCGGCUAUGAAGAUCUGUAG